GAAUCUUCCCCCGGGCUGACUAGCUGUCUAUACCCCUCUAUUCAGGACUGACGUAUAAACACCCACAACCUACGAUACGGUCGCGCGACACUUGUUUAGAGACACAAUGCCCGAGCGGGUACGCACCGUCUUUGACGACGAUGCGGACAGCCACCAGCCCCAGCAGCCGGUGCAGACCGCACCGCAAGAGUCCGUCGCGCCCGAGCCACCUUUGAAGAAGCGGAAGACGAAGGAUGGUGACUCCGCCGCGGACAGUAAGAAGAAGAAGAAGGCGAAGAAAUCUACAGUACCAGCCACAGCGCCGGCGACGUCUCCUCCACCCUCCGAAAACAACCCCGAGCAGCAGAAGCCCCACGAAUCCAACCCAGCCCCGCCUAAAAAGACACUGAAAAAGCGAAACGACGCAGCAGUUGACAGACCGGUGCGCGACAAGAAACACAAACCCGCCCUUACAGACGGCAAGGACAAGAAGCGGCUGCCGCGGGAGUUCCCCGGUCUUCGGGACAGGGCGCGCGCUCUGUACGAAACGCGCAAAAACCUGCCUAUUUUCCCGCAUGGGGACGAGAUCAGACGGUAUUUGAGCAACAACGAUGUGAUGUUGUUGGUGGGUGAGACUGGUAGCGGAAAGAGUACCCAGAUUCCGCAGUUCCUCGUCGAUGAGCCGUGGUGUCGGCCGAAGAGGGUGAGCGCUGUCGGCAAGAGUGCUGCCGCUGAAAGUGGGGACAGUGGGAAAGAUCAGAAGAAAGGGGAGGGGAAGAUGGUGGUGGGCGGGUGUAUUGCGAUUACGCAGCCGCGUCGGGUGGCUGCAAUUUCGCUGGCGCGGCGUGUUGCGGAGGAGAUGGGCACGCCGUUGGGGUCGUCGUCGCCGGCGAGUCAGGUUGGGUACUCGGUGCGGUUUGAUACGUCUACGUCGCCGAGUACGCGGGUGAAGUUCUUGACGGAGGGAAUGCUGCUGCAGGAGAUGCUGCGCGAUCCGGCGCUGACGAAGUACAGCGCGGUGGUGGUGGAUGAGGUGCACGAGCGCGGGGUCAAUGUGGAUUUGGUGCUGGGUUUUCUGAGGAAUCUGGUGUCGGGGAAUCGUGAGGCGCGUGGUGGGCUGCCGUUGAAGGUUGUGGUUAUGAGUGCUACGGCUGAUAUGGAGAGUUUACUUGGGUUCUUUAAAGAGGGAUAUACGGGUGGUGUGGACAGGAGUUUGGGGCAGGAGAAGGAAGCGGAGGCGGAGGCUACGGGGACGGACGAGGCGAAGACGCAGGACGACAUCGCGGUGUGUCAUAUCAAGGGUCGUCAGUAUCCUGUCAAGACGAUCUACGCCCCGGCGCCCGUGCAUGAUUUCGUCGACGCGGCGCUCAAGGUCAUCUUCCAGAUCCACUGCAAGGAACCCCUGCCCGGCGACAUCCUCGUUUUCUUGACGGGCCAGGAGACUGUGGAGGCUUUGGAACAGCUGGUCCUCGAGUAUGCCGAGGGCAUGGAUACCGCGCUGCCCAAGAUCCAGGUGCUGCCACUGUUCGCGGCGCUUCCCCAGGCUGCGCAGCAGCGCGUUUUUCUCCCCGCGCCGCCUCGCACCCGCAAGAUCAUCCUGGCCACCAAUAUUGCCGAAACAUCCGUCACGGUGUCCGGGGUUCGGUUCGUGGUGGACUGUGGAAAGGCCAAAGUCAAGCAAUUCCGGACGCGUCUGGGCCUGGACUCCCUCUUGGUCAAGCCCAUCUCGAAAUCGGCCGCGAUCCAGCGAAAGGGUCGUGCGGGUCGAGAGGCGCCCGGGCAAUGUUAUCGACUCUACACGGAGAAGGACUAUCUGGCUCUCGACGAGGUCAACACUCCCGAGAUCCUGCGUUGCGAUCUGAGCCAGGCGUUGUUGAAUAUGAAGGCCCGUGGGGUCGACAAUGUGAUGGGUUUUCCGUUCCUGACCCGGCCCCCGCGUGAGGCCCUGGAGAAGGCACUCCUGCAGCUCCUGAGUAUCGACGCCCUCGAAGACUCCGGGGCGAUCAGCGCCACCGGACAGCAGAUCGCCAAGCUCCCGCUUACCCCGACGCUGGGACGCGUCCUUCUGGCGGCCUCCGAGUUCGGUGCGGGUUGUCUGUCCGAUGUGAUCGAUAUCAUCUCGUGUCUCAGUGUGGAGAACAUCUUCAUCAACACCAACUCGGAAGAGAAGAAAGAACAGGCGGAGAAGGCACGGCACGACCUCUACCGGCGCGAAGGCGACCAUCUGACCAUGCUGGCCACAGUGCAGGCCUACGCAGCGGAGCAUAGUGACCGCAAGGCAUGGGCUGAACGACAUCUGGUCUCUCACCGGGCCAUGCAGUCCGUCAUGGACGUGCGCAAACAACUCACCACCCAAUGUCGCCAGGCUCAGUUAUUGCCCAACCCCUCGGAUUCGCGGGGUACUGACGGUACUAACUCGUUCGACCCGUCCCUGGUCCGGGAGCCCUCCCCGGUGGCCAUCCUGAAGAGUUUCCUGCGUGGGUUCGCGACCAACACGGCGCGACUGGUCCCUGACGGCAGUUAUCGCACGGUCGUGGGGAAUCAGACGGUCGCCAUCCACCCGUCCAGCGUGCUCUUCAGCAAGAAGGUUGAGGCUAUCUUGUACAACGAGUUUGUGUUUACGAACCGCAGUUAUGCGCGGGGGGUGAGUGCGGUCCAGAUGGAUUGGGUGGGGGAAGCGUUGGCAUGAUAUUCUUAUUGACCCCUUCUCCUUUCUCCCUUUCUUCCUUCUCUUUUUUUUUUUAAUCCCAUCAUGAAUCAUCGUGAUUGCUGCCCUUUCAGCCUUGUUUUCGACCUGUCCCUGUAUAUAGAGACCAAUUGACAGUGGAUUGGGGAAUGACGGCCGAUGUUUGGUCGGAUCACCAUCCCCACCACUAGACUCGCCUUAGUCCUUUCUUUCUUUGGACAGACUAAACCAUGACCUGUCAUUCUCCUCUCCCACCACGGUGAUGAUCUCCAGUGGGGUCUGAUGUGCCCUGUAAUUACGGAUCCUCCCCAACACACCGGGCGAGUUUCAUGGCGUGGGUGAGUUGGCCAUUCUUAUCUACCCGGUCGAUCGUGUGAUCAGGAUCCAUUUUGAAGUGGAUUUCAAUAGACUCGAAUUUAACCAGAAGAGGAUCAAGGGCCAAAGUGAUGAGUCCCAGUCAAAUCAGACUAUAGAAUCAGUUGAGUCCGGUCGGGUGACGGGAGACACCUCAGUCAGCCCAAGUCACGCUUCUUCCCUUGCAUCAUCAUCAUCAUCUCUUCUUCUUCUUCUUCUUCUUCUCUUCGUCUCUUCCGCAUCGGGACGUUCCAUCUGGACAACUUUCACCUUUU